GUCCACCGACGUUAACCUGCUAACUCCCCUGCCUGCUUUGUCGGACAAAAUGGCGGAUUCGGCGUUAUAAUUGGUUUGAUCGCCUGUCAAUCAAACUCCUGGCGAAGGGUCAAUUGAAUGCCACAUCAGACAUCAUGCUACUGUUUAGCAUUUAUAAUAGAAUAAAGCCUACUUCACUUACCAUUUUUUUUUCCACUUACCAAAAAGUAGUAUGCAGUAAGUAAUAGCUUCCAGAGUCCAGUCUCAAGUGUUAUUUUUCAAGACAAAAUUGUUUGAAAGUUGUUUCAGCUGGAGCAUAUCAGUGCAAAGGUACUAUUUAGCUCUGCUGUUCAGUCUCAAGACAGCUCGACCACUUACAUUGAUUUUACACUAGCAGUUAAUAUGCCCACUUCACGUGAUGCGUUUCAUAAAACAGGUUACCGACACCCCCUCCCGCUCAUUUCCUGUUUAUCAGUGAUGAGUUCGUGUAGGAGACAAAGUGGCAAUGCAAAAUGAUGCCCACACGGUUCAGAGGGCAAUGAUAGUGUUGUUAAAAGGCCCCUGAAAUAGCCCGUGGAUCAAACACCCAUCACUCAGGUGUGAGUUGUUGCACCUGUGCUGAAAAUGCACCAGUCAUGCGCAGGUGCACAACAGCUGCUGUUCCCUGCACAUGAUCUUCCAAACCAGCUCCAAAGUCAUGUGUCUAAAAGAGGGAUCUGUGAAGCUUUAUUCAGUUAGGCAAGUGCCAGUCCUUUAACACCAUCUGGAUGGAUAAUUUCCAUAUUUCUCACCCUGUAAGGUGUUUAUAAUGGGAAGUAGUUCUGGAAAAGUGUUACCUGAGCCCUCCAAAAAUGGAUGUUUUUCCCUUAUUGACUCUGUUGUGAACUUCAAGAAACAAGAGACUGACAGGGAAACGUGUAAAGAGAAACAACAAGCUUGGCUUUGGAGGAGGAGAAGCGACAGAAGAGCUUCCCGAGAAGGAAUAUCAGAAGGAGUCAAGGAACUGGUUCAUCUGGAGGAGAGGAUAAGGAAUCCUAAUGCAAAGUUUCGUGCAAAGUUUGAUCCACGCGUCACAGCGAGGUACGACAUCAAGGCUCUGAUUGGCUGUGGGAGCUUCAGCCGCGUGGUUCGUGCUGAGCACCGGCGCUCGCGCCAACCCUUCGCCAUUAAACUUCUGGAGGUCAAAGGUCGUGAGGGUCACGAGGCCUGUCAGGCAGAGCUCGGUGUCCUGCGAAGAGUGAACCACAGCAAUGUCAUCCGCCUGGCUGAGGUGUUCGAAACGCCGCAUCGCGUCUAUCUCGUUCUGGAGCUGGCCACCGGAGGAGAGCUCUUGGAGCGCACGGUCGCCCGAGGAACCUUCAGAGAACGGGACGCCACCAAUGCCUUGAAGAUGGUGGCCAGCGGGCUGUGCUAUCUCCACGCCCUGGGUGUCAUCCACAGGGACCUCAAACCCGAAAACCUGCUGUACUACCACCCGGGACAGGACUCGCGCUUGAUCAUAACAGACUUUGGGCUCGCCUGUUGGGACAUCAAGACGCCGGGCUCAUUUCAAAGCAAGAAUGUUUCGACCCACGACACAAAUUGCGACUCGUCCUUUAGCACUAUAGACUUUGAGAAGAGCCGUCAGGGUAAAGAUUGGGCUGUGAGGACGCUCUGUGGCACACCGGAGUACCUGGCCCCUGAGAUGCUGUCUCGGAGACCUUGUAGCAGCGCUGUGGAUAUGUGGGCGCUGGGCGUCAUCAGUUACAUCGUGCUGAGCGGCUCACUGCCCUUCGACCAGAGCAGCCGACCGCGGCUCUUCAGGGCCAUUCUCAGGGGCAGCUACAGUUUCCAUGGUGAUCCAUGGAAAUCAGUAUCUACAUUGGCCAAAAGCUUCAUCGAUGGCCUCCUGACCCUUGAGCCUGAGCAUCGUAUGACCGCUGAGGAAGCUCUUAAGCAUCCGUGGCUGGUCAGCAUGGCAGCCUGUUCAUCUAACAAGAACCUUCACCGCUCCAUUUCCCGAAACCUCCAGCGGCGGGCUUCACGGGCCUCCUCUCGCUGCCCCAGUUCGGGCUCUACUCCUGGGUCACGGAUCUCGAUGAGGUCUGGGUCACGACCAGGUUCUGGGCCUUGGUUAGGGGUCAGCGACAGAUCACAGUGCCUGAAGAUCGCUACUUAAAAGGGGACAUAUCAUAAAAAUCUGACUUUUUCCAUGUUUAAGUGCUAUAAUCGGGUCCCUGGUGCAUCUACCAAUGCAGAAAACGUGAAAAAGGACAACCCAGUAACUUUGUUUUGGCAAGCCUUCCACUGGAAGCAUCUGUAAAAACGAGCCACUCAGAUUUCACUUCCCUUGUGACGUAGGAAGGGGAUCUUAUUAUAAUAUUAUCGUCCCUUUAUCUGCACGUUUCCACCCACGGCGCCGCCAUUUUGUUUUAGCAAGUGAAAACGGUGUACCAGUUCUAAUGCCAUGGAAAAAUUUUGAGCAAAGCAUGCUAACUGAUCUGUUUUUGGCUGCGCAGACGAGCACAAAACACUAUUUAGUCUCAGUAGCUUGGAUAGCCUGCAAGUUGACCCUGGCAAGCUUGAUUGCUAAAAAAGGAGCAUUUCUGUCCGAGCGAAAAAGAUUAGACCAUUCACAGCAUUUGAUAGCAAUCAUAACCGUUAGCCUGGUUGUGUAUGGCUCUGUUUGGCAAACAGGUACGCUGUAUAGUGGGCAUCCAUAUGGGUUUUGCACAAAAGAUUAACAUG